GCUAACGUUUUAUUUGAAGCGGAUUUAUUCCCAUACUUGUGCGAUAUUUUAAUACUAUUAAAAGGCAGUGGGGAUAGUAUUCUGUAUUUGAAACAUAAAGUAGUGUACUGUAUCUACUUGAUGAAAUCUUCAGCUAUUAAAGUGAGAUUACAAAAGGGUGGUUUUUCUAAAGCACUGUUAAUUGGACAAACAAUAAUCAUAAUGUGCUUAGUAUUUACUUUUAUCAAAAAUGAUUCUUCUUUAUUCCAAGAAGAUCCGUCCCAGCAAUCGUUAAUCAGUGCCGACAUUGAUACGAGUGUACGUGUUAUAAAAGAAACAGACGGUGCAUUGCAAAAUUUGACAACAAAAACACAAUUAAUGUGGCAAGAAGACAUAUCAUUGACAAAACAAAAAGAAAGUUCAUCUGGUAAUACAAAUAGAAGUCCAGAAUUUCAAGAAAAGGAUACAAUUAUGAAAGAACGAUUAUCAUUAAUACGUCAGAGAUGUUCGCAUUACAUGCAAGAUGAAUACUGGCAGAACAUUCGUCAGAGUGGCACAGUUUUGACAUAUGAAAAAGAGGAUAUACAUUAUUGUAUAGUCCCAAAGGUUGGGUGUACAUUCUGGAAACGUAUUUUUCGUUUUCUAGGGAAAGACUACCGGACAGAUCAAAAUGUACAAAAGCCCUCAGACAUAAAUAGAAAUUAUGUACAUUACGGUCCCAUGAAAAACAUUCAACAGUGGAAGGUGCAAAAUCCAAUCGCUCGGAUGCUGAUGACAAAAGGAAAGUCAUUUAUGUUUGUUCGUGAUCCGUUCACAAGGUUAUGGUCAGCAUAUAUAGACAAGUUUCUUCUUCCCGACUUUUGGCGAUCGGACGCUUUGCUUGUUGUGAAAAAACUUCGACCAAAUGCCACAGAUUAUGAAAGAUAUUGUGCAAAUAAUGUAACUUUUCAGGAGUUUCUCACAUUUAUAAAGCUGACGUAUAAAAAUGGAUUGAAUGAGCAUUGGCAAAGAUUGCACAAGGUGUGUAGCCCUUGUCACGUGCAAUAUGACGUCAUCGGUAAACAAGAAUCGUUUGGAUUAGAUGCCGACUACAUAUUGACUAAGUUUAAUUUACAAUCUCUAAAGGAAAAUACAACAAAACUAGAUAUGGUUCAUGAAGAAGUUACAACUUUAACAAAAUAUAAUUUUGAUUUAGAAAAUGCCAUUCGACAAGGAUGUUUCAAAAAAAUCGAUGUUGCUAAGAGACUGUGGUUAGCUUUUCAAUAUAACGGCUAUAUAGACAGACGAACGGCUUUCCCGAGGAAUGAUUUGCUCAAGACAGCAUUUCUCAAUAGCACGACUGAAAUAUUUACAGAUUUUGUCUUAAGUACUAUAGAAAAUCAAAAAAAAUUGGGUAUCAAUAUAAAAAAACAAAAACGGACAAUGAUGCUAGAUGCAUACAGGAAAAUACCAAAGGACUUGUUGAAUGACAUAAUUUCUGUGUAUGAGUAUGAUUUUAAAUUAUUUGGAUAUAAUAGAACUUUGUUUGAUUAAUGAAUGUUAGUGAUUCAUUUAGUUUUGUUACUGUAUCACGAAUAAACAAAUUACUGUAGUUGAUUUUACUUCAAUCAAACAUAAUUAUAUACUCAAUAUAAUUACAAUCAAAUACAAGAAAAUGGAAUGAGUUGACAGCUAUAAUGUUUUUAAGGAACUCUCUCCUUCGAAUGUAAUAAGUAACAAAUU